AUUUCUGAUACACUGAAGCGGUUUGCGGUAAAAGUGACCACAGCCAGCGUGAAGGAACGGAGAGAAAUCCUCAGUGAGCUGGGAAAAUGCAUUUCUGGGAAAGAUCUUCCAGAGGGUGCAGUGAAAGGCCUUUGCAAACUUUUCUGCCUUACUCUGCAUCGAUACCGCGAUGCAGCAUCCCGCAGAGCCCUGCAGCUGGCGCUUCAGCAGCUCGCAGAAUCCCAGCCAGAUGCAACAGCAAAAAACCUUCUGCAGUCACUUCAGUCUUCAGGGAUCAGCGGCAAGGCUGGAGUUCCCAGUAAGAGCAGUGGAUCUGCAGCUCUGCUGGCACUCUCCUGGACAUGCCUGCUUGUACGCACAGUCUUUCCAACACCUGACAAGAGACAGGGAGAAACAUGGAAAAAACUGGUGGAGGUUCAGUGUUUGCUCCUUUUGGAAGUCCUGGGAGGUUCUCAUAAGCAGGCGGUGGAUGGGGCUGUGAAGAAAUUGAACAGGCUGUGGAAGGAGAACCAAGAUCUGGUGGAUCAGUACCUUUCCGUCAUUCUUGGUCUUGAACCAAACCAGAGUUACGCUGCAAUGCUGGGACUUGUGGUGCAGUUUUGCACAGCCCAGAAAGAGAUUGAUAUUAUUAAACGAUACAAGAGUGCUCUUCUGGAUUUCUACUUGAAGACCAUCCUUAUGAGCAAGACAAAGCCUCAGAAGCGCGUACUGGACAGCUGUUCCCCACUUCUUCGGUACAUGUCUCACACUGAAUUCAAGGACUUAGUUUUGCCAACUCUGCAGAAAUCCCUGCUACGGAGUCCUGAGAACGUAAUUGAAAGUGAGUCUGUCAUCUCUUUACAUUGCUCUGUCAAAGAGCAUGAACAGUUGUUCCUUAGAGGUCUGGAGUUGUGGUGGGACUGUGUAUCUCUGGACUAUGCUUUUGGUCCUGUGAGCACAGGCAGCAGGAUUGUCUGGCAUCUAAGGAUUGGAUGUGGAGAAGCAACAUUUGUGGUGUGAUCCCAAGUGUCUGGGUAUGUGAUAGCUGCUGUUUGCAUUGAGGACAGAAUUUCACAGCUGAGUGCUAAGAAUAAUCCUGAAAUUAAUCUGUUCACUGGGCAUCAAUUUCAGUGUUUUUUCUUCCUACUGACUGUCUGCUCUUGAUGUGAACUGUGGGGAAGGGUGUAUUAAAAUGCUAAAACCAGUUAAUUAA